AAAACAGAAACGCCAUUGUCGGAGCCGAUUAAGGUGUGUUCAUUAUGUUGGCCGUUUUCGGUGCCUGUUUUGUUUUUCGGUGUCUCCUUAUCGUUGCCGCUGAUGUGAUUCCACCGCAGAAUGUGGACGUGAACGCACUGAACACCUGCUACACACUGAAGUGGGACUGGGACCAAAGAGCUGCUGAGAACCACAGUGUUUCUUUUACAACACAAUACAUCAUGAGCCACAUGGUGAAGAGACCCAAACAUAAAUGGGCCACGUUGUGUGAGAAUACAUCGCAAAAAUCCUGCGAUCUGACAGCAUCAGCAUUGAAAUACCAAAAUGCCUACAGGCUUCGUGUGCGUGCAGAUGUCGACAAGGAUCACUCCGCCUGGGUUGAGAAAGAAUUCUGCCCAGAGAGAGAUGCUAAUUUGGGUCCUCCAGACAAAGUACGCAUCGCUCCUGCUGGAAGUGAUUUGGAAGUAAACAUCACUGACCCUCUAUCCAGCAACAACAGCUCCAUGAAGAAUUAUGUGGAAUCCAUGUAUUACCGUAUUAUCUACUGGGAAUCUUCUCCAGACCCGCAGGCAUUAGCUGUCCAGACGCUAUGUACCAGUGCCAAUCUGGUGACCCUGCCACACCUGAAGGCUAGGACACACUAUUGUGUGAAGGUCCAGUCCCGAGAUGACUAUUACAACAAGACAAGCAACUUCACCACUCCUCAGUGCAUGCAGACUGAAGGUCCGACACCAUUGUGGCAGAUCUUACUGUGCUUGAUCGUUUCAAUGGUGGUGUGUUUUUUGCUGGUGGGACUGAUUCUGCUGGGCUUCUUUAAGUUUUCCUGGAGCCUGAAGCGUAUUUUCUACCCCCCCAUCGAACUGCCGGCACAUUUCCAAGAGCAUUUCUGUGACUCUUUUUCUGGGUCUGACAUUCCUCCACUCCUCCCUUCGGAACUGGAGGAUGAAGUUAACUUUGACAAGCUGAGUAUCUGUCCAGAUUCAGCUCUCUUGGAAAUCCACGAUCCUCCACCUUGUGAGCCGCUGCCAGCGCCCUCCUUAGGGUUGGAGCCACACAGCAGUGGCAGACACGCUCGUCAGGAUAGUGGUGGAAGCCAAGACUCGGGCGUUUAUUCCACCGAGAGCGGAUCAAGACAGCAGCAGCAGCUCAGCGGCACCCAGUCCUGCACCGAGCCUGACGUCUCCUGGCAUGGGACCUCUGAUGUGGAACAGGUGAAGAUGCUGGACUUGGGUUCUAGUGUAAAGAACCAUAAUCUGAUUGAAGAUGAGGGCAUUGUGGAUUUUUGUGUUUGAAGACACAGACGGGAAGACUCAGCGUGCCACAAUUUUAUCAGGAAUAUUUUAGUUCUGUGUAAGCAAAAAUUUGAAAGGCAAAGAAGACGCUGGAGUUCUGUAGAAGAUUAUCCCUCGAUUUUUGUUGCCGCCUGCCCUGAUGGAAAAACAAACUCCAUCGUCUUUGAUUUAAAAGGGAAGUGGUGUUGCUGAAAGACGAGGAGGAAGGCUUUUUUUCUUGCCGUGGAUGAGCCACUUUGCUGCUGGCGUGUCUCUUUAUUGAUAACCGGAAUGUUCACGUGCCUGUCAUGAAGCAGCAGUUUCUGUGUCAGAGACAGAAGGACAUGUUGCUGUUUUCACCCUCAGGUGCAUUCCAUUUUUACCUCUCAGCAUCGAUGGGUCUGUAAUACCUGGUGGGGGGGGGACACAGUUGUGUGUUUUGUUUUUAAAAGUUGGCCUUUGAGUUAACAUAGUUAGCAAGUGCUAAUGGUGUUCUACAGCAUUCUUGAAUAUACUUAAUAAAGGUAAGUAAGUGUGCUUUCACAUCUGUUUUGUUUGGUCUGGACCUUCUGAGUUUUCAGCAGAUGUGAAAGCUGCCUUGUACUGUAGACCAAAAUAUGGUCCAAGCAAAAGUGGCGGUUUUGAUCCAGAACAAAAUGGAAACCUG